AUGGCGACGGUCGUUCCGCGCUUGAAAAAGCGGCGCCUCUCGCCCGAGCCGGCGGGGACGGCGCCGACCGCGAUGGACCCGUACCUGGCGCCAGUGGCGCCCGGUGUGCCGUGUGCAAGCACAUCGGCGCUGUGCGCCCCGGUGCCCCUGACGCCUGCCGACAUGCAGGCGCACUUCUUCUCAUACCCCCCGCCCGUGUCCCCGACGGCGCCCGCAGCCAGGCAGGCAGUGCCGCCCACGCCGCCCGAGCGCGCCAGUGUGCGCGAGAUGAUUGAUGGCCAGGAGCGGCAGGUCUACCUGGUGAGCGAUGACGAAAACGAUACCCCCCCUGCCUCGCCGCUGCACCCGGUCCCGGCGGCGCCCGUGGCCGCGGGCAGUGCGACGACCGGCAAGCGCAAGUCGCAGCAGCCGUGGGACACUGACGAUGCGCUGCCCAGCAAGCGGCAGCGGCCCGAGCCGCCCCCGGUGCCAGCGAUGCCGGCGGUCCCCGAGUCAACGCCACUGCUGGUGCCCGAGUAUCCCGUCGCGCCGCCGCCGCUCGGCCUCGCUGCGAUGUCGACGUACGCCAUGCCGCCGCCCAAGACGCCACAGCUAAACGGCUAUGCGGACCCCUGGCGCGCGCCGUUUGCGCCAGCCAUGUUGCAGCGCGUCGAGGCAGUGCCGCUCGACGACAAGGACGGGCACAUUAUUGUGCGGGAAGGCGACUGCAUCACGCCGCGGUACCAGAUCCGCGGCCUCCUGGGACAGGGCACGUUUGGCAAGGUGGUGCAGUGCUACGACCGCCAGCUGCGGCGACAUGUGGCGAUCAAGGUGAUCCGCGCGGUGCAGAAGUACCGCGACGCGAGCCAGAUUGAGAUCCGCGUGCUCAAGUGCCUGCGGCAGAAUGACCCGCAGAACGAGUUCCAGUGUGUGCAGCUUAUCGAGACGUUUGAUUUCCGGAACCAUGUGUGUAUCGUAUCGGACCUGCUGGACCGCAGCGUGUUUGACUUUUUGAAGGACAACAAGUUCCAGCCCUUUCCGUGCCGCCACAUUUGGCGCUUUGCGAAGCAGCUGCUGAACAGCGUCGCAUUCCUUCACCGGCUCUCCCUCAUACACACGGACCUGAAGCCAGAAAAUGUACUCCUGGUCGAUGCAUCCUUCGACCUGGUGCCGACGUCGCGGCGCGUCAAUGCGCGCAAGAAGCGGGUGCUACGUAAUUCCGAGAUCCGGCUCAUUGACUUUGGCAGCGCCACCUUCAACGACGAGUACCACUCGGGCGUCGUGUCCACGCGGCACUACCGCGCACCUGAGAUCAUCCUCGGCAUGGGAUGGUCGUUUCCCUGUGAUGUAUGGUCGAUUGGGUGCAUCCUCGUCGAGUUCUUUACGGGCGAGGCGCUUUUCCAGACCCACGAUAACUUGGAGCACCUCGCGAUGAUGGAGAUGGUGCUGGGGCGGCUCCCAGACGACUACCGCCGCAAGGCGGAGACCUACAAGCCCGAGUACUUCCACCAGGGGCACCUCGGCUAUCCGCGGCCUGACACGACCAAGCAGAGUCGCCGCUACGUACAGAGCAUGAAGCCGCUCGCCGAGAUCAUCACUGGGUCGAGCACGUACGCAAAGCACCAUCGCGCGUUCGUGUCGCUGCUGCACCGCCUGCUCGAGUACGACCCGGCGAAGCGCAUCACGGUGCAGGAGGCGCUGCAGCACCCCUACUUUUCGCUACAGCCGCAGGACCUGCCGCCCUAG